ACAACAACAACAGCAACAGCAACAGCAACAAAAACGAGUUCACCAAGAAGCUUAUAAUGUAUGGACACCUUCAAUACUUCAAGAAAACCAUCCAUUUGAGUUUGAGAGAUCAGCUUCACCUUUUUCUCAACCAUCAUCCAAACGAGGCCUAAACAACCAUCAUUUUAUGAAUGGAAACAACAAUGGCAGUAGUAGCAGUAGUCAUCGUAUGGUAGAAGAUUCAAGCUACCAACGAGGCUAUUUCUCUGUAUUUCCUCAAGAAGAAACAGUAGUAUCUUCUCCUGCUUUUGAAAAUGCAGAUCAUCCAUCUUACGCACGUUUCCCUUUGUCUCGGCCCAUGUCACCACCUGUCCGCAGCAAAUAUGUAGCCUCACCUCCACCUCGUGCAAACUCCACUCCGCCUGCCAAUCAUCACCUCACUUCGCCUAGACAGUUGGAAGAAUAUGAAUAUGCUCAACUCUUAGUAGGCAUGAAUCAAGCCAAUCUGAACGAUAAAGAAGAUAUACUGUCAAGAAGACAACAACAACAUCGUUAUUUUCAAUGGAUCAAUCAACAAGAAGCACCUCAGAGCUUAGAUGCUGCUGUAUUGAAUGAACAUCCUUGGCUUGAUGCAAGCACUAGUCGAGCACAUACCCCUCAUUUGUGGGAUGAUACCAGAAAAGACAUGUCUCGUCAACAACAACAACAACAACAACAACAACAACAACAAUGGAUCCAAGAUGAAUUUGUACAUGGUAGAGCAAGUCCUUCCAUUACCAAUGAUUAUAGUCAGCCAUCCACACCCACCUUAAUGUCAUCUGGUAUGAUGAUGAGUCCUGAUGGUCCUCUUAACAACAAUGAUCGUCUUUUACUUCAAUUGCAAUCACGUCAACGUCAAAUUCUUAUGCAACAGGAACAGAUUUUGAUGUUGAGAGAACAAAUGCUUAGACAGCAACAACAACAACAACAACAACAGCAACAACAACAACAACAACAACAGCAACAGCAAUCCAAAUUACCUAACAUCAAUACAAACACAGGCUAUUUUGGAAAUACAUCCAUGUCUGUACCCACUACACCUGCUAUUCGUAAUCGUAAUAUGAUGUUGCAUGAAUCUCCUUCUUCUGCUUCAACCACAGAGCCUGUUGUACCCAUUGUUCGUAGUGCUCUGCUGGAAGAAUUUAGAAACAACAAGAACAAGAAGUUUGGACUUAAGGAUAUUGUUCACCAUGUUGUUGAAUUCAGUGGAGAUCAACAUGGCUCUCGUUUUAUUCAACAAAAACUAGAAACAGCCACCAGUGAUGACAAGCAAUUUGUGUUUGAUGAAAUCCUUCCCAACUGCCUUCAAUUAAUGACGGACGUGUUUGGUAACUAUGUCAUUCAAAAGCUAUUUGAACAUGGCAACCAAGCACAAAAGACUGUUCUGGCCAAACAAAUGGAAGGCCAUAUUCUUUCCUUAUCUUUACAAAUGUAUGGUUGUCGUGUUGUACAAAAGGCAUUGGAGUAUGUCUUGACUGACCAACAAGCUGUAUUGAUUCGUGAAUUGGAUGGCUGUGUGCUUAAGUGUGUCAAGGAUCAGAAUGGCAAUCAUGUUGUACAAAAGGCCAUUGAGCGUGUUCCUGCUCAACACAUUCAGUUUAUUAUUGAUACAUUUUGUGGUCAAGUCUGUCAUUUAGCUACUCAUCCCUAUGGUUGUCGUGUUAUUCAGCGUAUGUUUGAAUUCUGUCCAGAAGAUCAAAUUGCGCAUUUAUUAGAAGAACUUCAUCAAAGUACAAACCAACUUGUUCAAGAUCAAUACGGAAACUAUGUUAUUCAACAUAUUUUGGAACAUGGUAAACCUAAAGACAAGGCCUUAAUUAUCAGUAAAGUGAGAGGCCAUACACUUCAAUUAAGCAAGCAUAAGUUUGCUAGUAAUGUAGUAGAAAAAUGUGUUGCUUAUGGCUGUCAAGAAGACAGGCAGGCAUUGAUUGAUGAAGUCCUGACAACACGUCCAGACGGAUCCUAUCCUUUGAUGUCCAUGAUGAAGGAUCAAUACGCUAAUUACGUUGUUCAAAAGAUGCUUGAUGUAGUCGAUGGUGAACAACGUGAUCUUUUGGUUGCUAAAAUCAAGCCUCAUUUACAAGGCUUAAAGAAGUACACUUAUGGCAAACAUCUCAUUAGCACAUGUUUAGAAGUAGAGAAACAAAUGAUGCAUAGUAAAGCUGCUGCUGCUGUUCAUAUGUCAUCCCCUUUGGUUGUUGAAAACCUCAGCAUCACACCUUCACCUUUAAAUACCUCUUGUAAUCAUGAUACUAUUACUACUACCCAUAAUUCUAAUAUUAAUCUCACUCCUAAUACCUCUAUUCAUAUCACUCCAACCGAAACAGCAGCCAACAUGAUGACAGGUGAUUCUCAACGUACAUAAUUCAUGAUUUAUUUGUAUUUUCUCUCUCAAGCUAUAGAUAUUCAAGCAUAUAUCUUCUUUCUAUAACAAAAAAAAACAAAAUCCCCCUUAUUCAUUUCAAGUUAGAUUGUUACAUACGUAGAAACUCUAUACAUUAUUUUUCUCUUCUUCUACAUAAA